AUACAACGUCCUCGACACUCUUCACUCCCUCUAUCACUCGGCGCGCAGACAGUUCUAUGAUGUGAUCGGCUGUGAGCGCCUGUGGCGUGUUGUUUUUGUAUACUAUCUGGAUCCUGCUCAAUGGCAUCCGCCUCCUUUGUCCCCUUUGUUGCUUUUCUACUCUGUCUCUUCUGCCUAGGCUGCCACUCAAUCCCUGCCCAUCUCCGCGCCGAGCAUCAGUCAAUACGAUCGUACGCGGCCAUUGGGGACUCUUACGCUUCGGGAGCUGGAGCAGGCACUCCGGGAUGGCCACCGUACGCAGACUUCCGCUGUGGCCGCUAUUCUGACGCGUAUCCUAUCCAAGUGGCCAACAACUCCCUGAUCGCCAUCGAAAAAUCAAAAUUCAAGCAUCUUGCAUGCGGUGGCUUGACCAGCACGGUCAUCUUGCGAGACCAAGUCCCUUAUAUCGGCGAGUCGGACCUUGUUACCCUGACAGCCAGUGGAAAUGAUGUCAACUUCUUCGUCGUUUUGAAUGAGUGUGUCUAUCAUUGGCAGCCAUCGAUAGGCUGUGAAGCCCAGCUUGUCAAGGCUAGAGAGAUCAUCGAGACGACUGCACUGCUAAAUCUGGAGAAUAUCAUCUCCGGAGCCGUUCAGCACCUGAAACCCGGCGCGCUUCUGAUUGUUACGGGCUAUGCCAGGUUUUUCAACGAGGACACAGACUAUUGUGACACUGCGACUUUCAGCCAAACCAGACCUCUGGACUACCUGACGAAAACCAAGAGAAGGGAACUCAACCAAUUGGUGAUGAUGUUGAACGAUGUGAUCAAAGCGACGACCGAACUCCAUGGCGCCGUUUACCUGGACAUAGACGGUGCUUUUGAUGGCCAUCGAUUUUGUGAAUUCGGGGUCGAAGAACCCGAGAUUGACAGGAGCGACACUUGGUUCUUCAACAUGCCGCCGCCCAAGACCGCACAGUCCCUCGCCGGCUUGCCCUCUCAAGUGCCUUUGGGUGAUGCGGAUGGUAUGCCUGACCCUCAAGUCGUUCCUGAAUGGCCACAAAUCAAAAAGUGGAGGGUCUUCCAUCCUACCGGACCGGGGCAUCACGGUAUAUCGGAGGUGGUUGUGAGGGAGAUCCUGCGCCUCUCAAGCCCUGAUGGCCGUGAGUAGGUAGUCAGAUUGUCAAGAGAAUGGGGAAGAGUCGGGGGAUAGUGCAACUGUAAUGUUCUGAGUUAGCGAGCGUUUUGUAAGGAUAUGGGAAUGUCUGUACUGAGAGCCAUUUGUCGACCUUCUGUACUCAUUGAAUAAACUGUUUUCUGGACUUCCC